CACACGAAGAGCACCGAGAGGAACUUUGUUCGGGGCGCACAACUUAUCCAGACCUGACAGAGAGAUGAGAGUCCAUUGGAAAGACGCGCGCAAUUUUGUUAAUUGAGAAAAGUUUGAUGAAGAUAUACAAUGUUUAUGAAUGGGAGUUCAUUGAACAGUUCUGCACUGGACCCUAGCGAGCAAGCUCUUCACCGGCCGCCCUGGGUCACCACUACUCUCGGGUGUUUCCUCAUAUUCACUAUAGUGGUGGAUAUUUUAGGAAACCUGCUGGUGAUAUUCUCCGUUUACAGAAACAAGAAACUUCGGAACGCAGGUAACAUCUUUGUGGUCAGUCUGGCCGUGGCGGACCUGGUGGUGGCCAUCUAUCCGUAUCCACUUGUCCUCACUUCCAUAUUUCACCGGGGCUGGAACCUUGGAUACAUGCAUUGCCAGAUCAGCGGCUUCCUAAUGGGCGUCAGCGUAAUUGGCUCCAUUUUCAACAUCACCGGCAUCGCAAUUAACCGUUACUGUUACAUAUGCCACAGCCUCAAGUAUGAUAAGCUAUACAGUGACAAAAACUCAGUGUGUUAUGUGCUCUUGAUAUGGGCGUUGACUGUGCUCGCCAUCGUGCCCAACUUGUUCGUGGGCUCACUGCAAUAUGAUCCUCGGGUUUAUUCCUGUACGUUUGAGCAAUCGGCUAGCUCGGCGUAUACAAUCGCCGUCGUCUUCUUCCACUUCAUUCUUCCCAUCAUGAUCGUUACUUACUGUUACCUGCGAAUCUGGGUUCUGGUCAUACAGGUGAGGCGACGCGUCAAGCCUGACAAUCGGCCCAAGCUCACGCCGCAUGAUAUACGAAACUUCGUCACAAUGUUUGUGGUUUUCGUGCUCUUUGCCGUGUGCUGGGCACCUUUAAAUUUCAUCGGGUUGGCAGUGGCGAUUUCUCCAGAGCGUGUGGUUCCUCUGAUACCCGAGUGGCUCUUUGUGGCAAGUUAUUUCAUGGCGUACUUUAACAGUUGCCUCAAUGCAAUAGUCUACGGAGUGCUGAACCAGAACUUUCGUCGCGAGUACAAGCGUAUUGUGGUGUCGGUAUGUACUGCCAAGAUCUUUUUUCCGGAAAGUUCUAAUGAGGCACAAGAGAGACUCAAGAGCAAACCCUCACCACUCAUGACUAACAACAAUCAGGUCAAGGUGGACUCUGUGUGAACGGCCAUUCUGGAAAAUCCAGCAUACACCAACUGGUAACUGGUUCAUUGCUGGUCCAAGUUGGUCUACCAGCUUGGACCCACUAGAAACCAAAUGCCAAGUUCCAAAAAAGCUUAAGUUUAAGCAGGGGUUUGUAUGUGUGUGUACACAUUUAUAAGAUGACGAAAACAUGAAUAAAAUGAAUUUUUGCUUACAGCUAAGCAAACUUAAAAAAUAAAUAAUGAUGAAAAAUCUGAUAACACUACCAAAUAUGUGUCUUGUCCUAAAACUGUGAUCUUUUGCCUCAAAACAAUCAAACGAACAGGAAAAUGUUUUCAUGUCUUUUAUAAAGCACUUUCUUUGUUUUUUCAUUGUUGGUCAAAUGUACUAUGAAUUUAAAUGUUUACAGUGAUUAUACAAAUCUAUGUAAGACAUACUUUAUGUAAUGCUUUUCUAUGAAUUAUCUAUUAUAUGUGAAGGUAUGAUUGAUAUACAGUACUGUAUAUACUGUACAUAUAUUGUUUCACUGAUGUUGAUAAUUCAGUGAAGAAAGAACACUAUCAAAAUGAUGCCAUGAACAUCAGCAUUUUAAUUCUUCAAUGUUGAUCAUGGUCAUGAAUGGGACCAAAACUUUACGAAUACUCUACCAAAAGAGCUCGCUAUAUGGAGUUUACUGCUUUGAAAUGACCUCACCCGGUUUGACACUGUUACUCUGCAUUUGAGGUAGCAAUACACCUGCAUUGCUGCUUUCCCACAAACCCUUGCAAAAUAUGUUUGAACGUAUGGGAUUCCUUUGCUCUCUGUUAAAUCUUUGUCUUCUCCACCUGCUUUUUUAAUCUCUUCUUGUCUGUUGUGUGUCACUUUAGAAAUCUGUUUUUUCUCCUUUUCUUUUCCCUUAUCUCUCUUCUCUCUGUUCUUUGUGUGCAUGGUUCCAAUGAUGAGUUCAUAUGCAAACUAAAAAUAAUGAAAUGAGAAAUGUUUAAAGAAAAAAUGAAUAAUUUUUGAAUAACAUAAACAUUUUUUACAUAAACACACAGAUUGAGUGCAUUUUCAUUUUUGGGUGUGACACACGCUGAACUGCUCUUUUGGUUAAAUACAACUCAAAAUA